AUGAAGUUCUUCACCACUGCGCUCGCUGUGUUCGCGCUGGUCGCCACGACCGCCAACGGCUCGCCCAUGCUCCGCAUGGAGGCCGAGGGCAAGAAGGGCAAGUCCAAGACCACCGCCCCCGUGGUGGAGGCCGACGACGACUACACGCAACAGCAGGACCCGACUCAGCAGGACGACCCGACCCAGCAGACCCAGCAGCAGUCGCCCACGACCAAGACGAGCAGCGGCUGCCACCUCACGGGCACCUACAAGAAGGGCACCAACAUCGCGUCGUGCAGCUCCAUCGUGGUGGACUCGCUGACGGUCCCCGCCGGCGUGACGCUGGACCUGAGCGCCGCCAAGACGGGCGCCACCAUCGAGUUCGUGGGCACCACGACGUUCGGCACGCUCAAGUGGGAGGGCCCGCUGGUGCGCGUGAGCGGCAGUGACCUGACGGUCAAGGGAUCGGGCACGCUGGACGGCAACGGCGCCUGGUACUGGAAGCAGGGCCAGUCGAUCACGCGCCCCGUGUUCUUCAAGCUGCAGAACGUCAUCGGCUCGACGGUGUCGGGCUUCACGAUCAAGAACAUGCCGUUCCGCACGUUCAGCAUCGUGACGUCCAAGGACACGACGCUGAGCGGCCUGACCAUCGACAACCGCGCCGGCAACGGCAUCGCCAAGAACACGGACGGCUUCGACCUGACCAAGAACGACCACGUCACGAUCACGGGCAACACGAUCUACAACCAGGACGACUGCCUGGCCAUGCAGUCGAGCACCAACACGGUCUUCAGCAACAACUACUGCUGCGGCGGCCACGGCAUCUCCAUCGGCUCGCUGGGCGGCAACGCCGUGGACCAGUCCACGACGGUGCAGGGUCUGACCGUGCAGGACAACCAGAUCGUCAACAGCGACAACGGCAUCCGCAUCAAGACCAUCAUCGGCCUCAAGGGCCUCGUGUCCGACGUCAAGUACGUGCAGAACACGCUGACGAACGUCAAGAACGGCAUCGUGCUGCACUCGGACUACAGCAAGGCCAAGGGCGGCUACACGGGCUCCCCCACGAGCCAGGUGACGAUCAAGGGCGUGACGGUGUCCGGUCUCAAGGGCACGGCCACCAACCUGUACGACAUCGUGGCGAACCCGAAGGUGGUGUCUGGCCUGGACUUCUCGGGCGUGACGGUGAGCGCGUCGGUCAAGGGCAAGCUGGCUGGCGUGCCCAACAGCCUGAGCGUGUAG